GCCUUGUCAGUUGUCACCGGCCGGCUGCAUCCUCCUUCAACGCGUCACGCAAAGCUAUAAGAAGAGCAUACUCCACAUGACACCACACAACCACUAUAAACCCUUCAAGCUCAGCUCAACCGAUCUCCUCUCAGUACUCAGUCCUGAUCUCCUCACACACCACACGCCGGCAGCAAGCAAUCAACAGCCAUGGACGGCUCUUGCCAGUGGAUGAGCUUCACUUCUUCUUCCUCGUCCUCUUCCUCCUCGCAUAACGGCCAGGCCGGGGCGCCAUGGCCGCCGCCGCCGCCGAAGCGCCCAGCGGGGCGCACCAAGUUCAAGGAGACGCGCCACCCGGUGUACCACGGCGUGCGGCGCCGCGGCCGCGCCGGGCGCUGGGUGUGCGAGGUGCGCGUGCCCGGCACCGGCUCCUGCAACAAGAAGCGUGGCCAGCGGCUCUGGCUCGGCACGUACUUCAGCGCCGAGUGCGCCGCGCGCGCCCACGACGCCGCCAUGCUCAUGCUCCGCGCCGCGCCCGGCGCGCGCGUCCUCAACUUCCCGGACUCCGAGUGGCUCCUCGACGUGCCGAUCAUGGCGCUCCCGGCCGCCGCCGACCUCUCCUGCGUCCGGCGCGCCUCCGUCGCGGCCGUCGCCGACUUCCAGCGCCGCGAGCCCGCCGCCAAUGGCGCCGCCGCCGUCCUCGACCUCGAUGAGGCUGCGGUCUCCUGGGCGACGACGUCCUCCCAAUUAGCUCGUGCCAACAACAAUGGAGGAAUGCUCAUGUUUGAUUUUGAGGUGCCGGUUGCGGCAAUGGGCAGCGACGGCAUGUUCGAGCUCGAAGACAUCUGCGGCGAAACGGACCUAGACAUGUACUACACGGAACUCGCGGGGGGGCUGCUCAUGGAGCCGCCGCCGGACGCCGGGGCGUGCUGGGAAAGCCGAGACGCCGGAGCCGACGCCGACCUCUGGAGUUGUUACUGAGAUCGACGACAUAUGUACGUGUGUAUGUAUAUGUAUGUACCUUGAUUAAUUUGGCUCCAUGGAUGCACACAUGGACCAAAUUGAAUUAGCUGCCUGAUUUGGCAUGCAUAAUAAAAUAGAGGAACCUUACACGAA